AUGAAGUUCCUGCCACUUGAAAGCACACUAGUUGUGAUUGAGAGCCUUGUUCUUGUUCUGGCCUUGGACUUCGAGCCGGAUACCCAGGGCUUCAAUGUCCAUGACUAUGAACGCCUCCCUCUGACGCUAGACCUGGCCACCUCCCAGAGCGUUGUCGCCGCAGCUGGCAACUCAUGGUGGGCAUCCUCGUACAUCUACGCCUCAGACAACAGACCCUACUUCAUCGUCUCGCAUGUCGGAAACCCAGGGCCCGGUUACUAUAGAUACUCCAUCCUUGACGUCAGCAAUCCCAGUUACUACCGGCAAUAUGCAUACCAGGGCUCAGAGGCCGAUCCAGUCUCGGUACACAUCAACGGUGCAAAUAUCACGUUACCAACGUACGGCUUUGAGGCGGUGGACCCUGCAGAUACCCUCGCUGCCAUGCGGACGUGGAGUACGUCCGAUUUUGAAUUCGACUUAACGUUUGAGCUUUCUUCACCUGUCAUCUUGAACGGUGGCUCAGGCACUUUUACUUGGGGUCCGUACCUGACGUACGAGUGGUCACUUGUUGGGGGCAUUACUAUGGGAAACUUUGUUGUCAAUGAUACUAGGCUGACCAUUGACCCCGUCCGCUCUCUGACCUGGUAUGACCGACAAGUCGUCUUUGCCAGUGGAAUAGAUCCAAGCGGCUCUGCAGCAUCGCAGAACUGGACUUGGUUCCAGCUGCACUACGACCGUCCCGAACAUCGAAACAAUGAGAAAAAUUCGCAGUUUCGACCCUCCAAAAUCUCCGUGUGGAUCUGGGACUACGACUCCAACCCCCGCGUGCAAUUCGCGACAGUGCUCGGGUUUGAACAGUUAGCAGGCCAACAGCAAGUCCUCUCCGUAACUGAGUUCACCCCGUCCGGCAGAACUUGGACAUCACCCGGGUGCGGAGGCACAUAUCCUUUAGACUGGACUAUUGCACUUCCAGACGGAACGAGGCUGUACAUCGAAGCAAUCAGGGACGACCAAGAGUUUUGUAAUGCGAGUCAGCCAUUUCAGCCGACGUAUGAGGGGUUCGUCUCGUUUAAGGGGGUGGACGGGGUGGGAAACAAUGUUGUAUCUAUCAACGGGAAUGGUUUUGCACUGGGCCGGCCAAUGGCACUUGAUAGAGACAGCCCUCGCGCUUUUAAUGCUGUGACUUGUUCACGCUUUCCCCCUCUACUUGCCCUACACUUCAUUCCCUCGCGCGGCUACCAAAUGAGAAGAAGCAACCAAUGUCGGAGUCCAUUUCGUUUUCAAGGGGUAGAUCAUUGCUUGGAUGUAGAGGAAGCGCAAGGCCCAUAUGAGAACGCAACUGCAGAGAGGAACAGGGAGACAAUGAUUGCGAGAUUUCAACGGCAGCGAAACAAGCGGGAGAAAGAUCAUUCCUUGUUUGGUUGA